AGAUGUCACUAUGCUUUAGAAGGUUGUUUCGAAUAAAGAACCUAAGUGUUCAGUUCCUCCAAUUAGUUCAUCAGUUUGCACAGUUUUCCGAUCGGUGUUGUAAAUAAUGGACACUGCACUCUUCUCCCCUUCUUCCCUCUUCGGUGACAAUUCUUCCGAUGAAGAAUCAAACACCCAUGACAAUUUUGUUGAGAGGACACACCAAUUUCCUGGAAUGGAGUUAGUCAUUCGGGAAUUCUCCUUCCACCAGCUGAAUGCUAAUUUGCUCUGGCCAGGUGCAUUUGCUUUUGCAGAAUGGAUGGUUCAACACCGGUCUUGGAUAGAAGGGAGACAUAUUGUUGAAUUGGGGAGUGGGACUGGUGCUUUGGCUAUCUUUUUGAAGAAACUGUGGCAAAUUGAUAUCACAACGUCUGACUAUGAUGAUCAAGAAAUCGAGGAUAAUAUAGCUUAUAAUUGCAAGAUCAAUGGAGUCACCCCUGCUCUACCUCAUAUGAAGCAUACAUGGGGAGAUGCCUUUUCAUCUGUCAAUCCAAAAUGGGAUCUGAUAAUUGCUAGUGAUAUCUUGCUAUUCUCAUUGGAAACUCAGUACAUCAUACCGGCUAGAUGCAUGCAUUUAUGGGAGGCGAAGAGCUUAACACCUACUAUCUGUAAGUUGAGAACAAGAGUCUCUGUGCACGCGCAACUCUCACAAUCGAGCCAUUUGGCACCGAGAUAAUGUCCAUAAGAUUUUCUAGUGACUUCGUUGAGACUCGAUGUGAUCUAGAUGUGACAUUAAUCUCGCAUGUUUACUAGAAAGCUGACCUUGGUUACUUCAUGCCAUGCACUCAUGGUAGGUAGAGACAAAACAAAUACCUAUUCCUAGAGCUUUCAAAUGGGCUGUGUUGUGUCAGAUAGGAAACAUGUUGAAAACCUUGAACACUAACUUAAACCAUGUAAUAAUACAGACCAAAAGGCUUGAUACCAACCCAACCUACUAAUUGUACAAUAAUUUUCUUUCUUACGUCCAAUCUUGUUAUACUAUUUUAUCAAUUCAUGUGGAACUGAUGAUUACAACAACAGUGUUGGUUUUUUUAUCUCAAUGAGACAGGGUUGAUUUUAUCUCUGGUAUCCACAUGGAUCAUUUGCCUCUGUCGCUUGCUCCAUGCAUGAAUCUAAUUUCUUCAUAUCGUUUUUUUAACCCCUUUAUCAAAGUCAUCUUUGGCCUCCCAAUUUGGUUUGAUUUGGGUUCUUCAUCAUUUGAAUCAACUGUUUUUCAUCUUUAUCUAAGUUGUAUCGGGUUCUCUCUGAGGGCUAUCAGCUUCUUGUACCACUCAUUGUUCAGUUCAGUCGGUAUUUAAAAUUAAUAUUACCUUCUGCUAGACUCCACUAUCGUGUUCUUGGCUAACUUGGACAUGUAUUUCUUCUUAUAAGUUCCUUGAUAUGAACAUCUAGCAUUAGUGGCCCUUUUGGUAAGAGGCCAUAAAUGGUGGGAAUGGUAAUGCAUUAUAGUGUAAAUUUUUACAAGAAAUCCAAUGUAUAGGUAAUGCUACUUCAUCUCGAGAUAUCCAUUUUCUUCCUAAAAUC